GCAGAGACGGUGCUGCUUGUACGCGGUUUUCCUCCCCUGCCGAGGUUCCUGUGCUUUCUGCAACGUGUUACCGGGAAAAUCCAAGGUGGUGGCUCUUCCCCGUCAGUGAUGCCGUCUGGGGUUGUGGUGCCGUGGGAGGGAUGGUAAAGAACGGGCUCGCAGUUAGUUGUUCUCGCCGCUGAGCAGCCCAGAGCCUGGAAACACAGGAAAGCAGAACAGGCAAGCACAGUGCGAAGAACAGACCUUGAAGACCGGCAUGGAUUUGGUUCCAAGGGUGGUAGUGUGAUAUAAAUACACCCAGUGAGUUUCUGGCUCCAAACUACAAAUAUUCAGGAAGCUGGUGUUGCAGCUGCGGUGGAUGCAAUCCGAAGUCUUGCAGUGAGCAUUGGCCAGGACCCAAGGGCAUUCAAUAAUCAGGAAAAUGACUGCCUUUCCCAAGGAAGAAACAAAGGAGAAACCAUUAUUUCUUGUGUAGCUGGAAGGAGAAGCAAUGCAAUCUUGCCACCCAGUUAAUUUAGAGAAGCAUUUUUCAAAAUACCUCUAGACUGUGCGGAUCUUGCAUCUCUGACACAAACGUGCCUUUGGACUCGUGCAAAUAAAUCACUGGAAGUAUUGAUUGGGCAAAGUGGUCAUUGAUAGAGCAGCUGUUGCAGGAUCAUGACGAAGCACCUGGAGAUCAUCAAUUUGUCAUUUUUGUUGGAACAUGAAAGGGAAACAAUAUUGGGAGUAUUGAAGAGAGACGAGUACUUGAAAAAAGUUGAAGAUAAAAGAAUAAGGAAAUUGAAAAAUGAGCUUUUGGAAGUGAGAAGGAAAGGUGGCAACCGCCACGCUGAGCAGGACAACAGCAGGGUCUGUGUUCGCUGCCAGAAAAGCCUGGGCUUCAUCUUUGACAGGGGAGACCUGUGCCAGAGCUGCAAGCUCCGAGUCUGCAGCACGUGCCGUGUGGUGGGAGCUGAUGGGCAGUGGAAGUGCUCGGUGUGUGCCAAGAUUGCAGAGCUACGGAUAGUGACAGGAGAAUGGUUUUUUGAAGAGAGAGCAAAGCGCUUCAAGCAAUCAAAUCUUGGAACUGAUGUUGUCAGACAGUCAAUCCUUCACAAAUUCCCAGAUGCAGUUCCCAAUGCAGAUGACGAAAGAACGUUCAAAGAUCAACCCCAAGAAAAUGAAGAAAAAAAGCCAGAUGUACCAGUCUGCUCCACAAACGGGCACAAGUCUGUCUUCAGCAGACCUAGAAAGAUUGGAAGGGUUAUCAGGGCAGUCACCAAAGGAGAAAUUACAUUUGGAAAAGAUGAAGGUGAAAGGAACAGAGGCUCAGAGGCUGAAAGCUCAAGUCUGCGUGGUGGCAAAUCAGCUCCGUGCUCCGAGAGAGGGAGCACGCUUUCCCUGGCCAGCAGCGGUGCAGGAGCUACUGCAGGACAUGCAAGGGGCAGAGGCAGCGCUCCCAAGGCUUCCGUGCCGCGCUCCCCGGCGCUCAGCACCCGCAGCAUGACCGCGGACUGCAGCGGGGACACUUGGGCAGGCUCAGAAAACAGCAUGAUUAUUCCAGCAAGUGAAAGUGUGCCUGAGGAUCUAGUAAAGAAGCACUGCAGGAAACAAUCUGGAACACCUUCCAUUGCAGUUUCUAGGGUAUCUUUGUCAUCAGACCGCAGCAGAUCUGAGAUAGAUUUGAGCGAAUCUUUCUCUGAAGGAAAUGAGGAUACCCUGAGUGUAAGAAGCAAAUCUGUACCUAGUGCCUUAGAUCAGGAACUGGGCUAUCUGGAUGAAAAAGAAGAAGAUAUUGAUGACAUAGUGGCCUCUUGUUAUCCAGGAAAACAUGAACAUAUGACAAGUGGAUUAUCAACAAACUCCCCAGAAGGCUCUGACAGAAAAUGGACAUAUUUAAAUGUUCCCGAAGCAGAUGGUGAUACAACGAGCAUUAACAGCAUGACAAGUGUAUAUAGUGAAACUGGGGACUAUGGCAAUGUGAAGGUCAGUGGUGAAAUCCUCCUCAACAUCAACUACAUCUACAAAACGGGUGCCCUCAACAUCCUGGUGAAGAGCUGCAGGAACCUGGCCAUUGCAGAUGAGAGGAGGCAAAGGACAGAUCCAUAUGUCAAAGCCUACCUUCUGCCUGAUAAAUCCCGCCAGAGUAAGCGCAAGACCAAAAUUAAAAGUGACAGCACCAACCCAGAAUUUAAUGAGACGCUGAAGUAUGUCAUCAGUCAGUCACAGCUGGAAACCAGGACCCUACAACUUUCUGUCUGGCACUAUGACAGAUUUGGACGCAACAGCUUCCUUGGGGAAGUGGAAAUUCCAUUUGAUUCCUGGAACUUUGAAAAUCAGGGUGAUGAGUGGUUUGUGCUCCAGCCUAAGGUGGAGGUAGUAACAGAUUUUGGGCUUCAAUACAAAGGAGAACUGACAGUGGUUUUACGUUAUAUUCCCCCAGACAGAAACCUAAUGCUUCCUCUGGGGCAGUUUCAAGGAAAGAGAGGCUUCAAAAAAGGAAAGAAAGGAGAUUCUCAUCUGCCAUCUGGAGGCAUAUUAGAAGUCCUCAUCAAAGAAGCAAAGAAUUUAACAGCAGUGAAAUCAGGAGGCACAUCUGAUACUUUUGUGAAAGGAUACCUGCUCCCAGAUGACAGCAAAGCCACAAAACACAAAACCCCCAUAGUAAAAAAGAGUGUGAACCCCCAGUGGAAUCACACCUUUGCCUUCAGUGGCUUGAAUUCAAGGGACAUACGGAAUGUCUGCCUGGAACUGACUGUGUGGGACAAGGAGUCGCUUUCCAGUAAUAUUUUUUUGGGAGGUGUCCGUUUGAGCACUGGAAAUGGUGUAAGCAAUGGCAAAGAGGUUGACUGGAUGGACUCUCAAGGGGAGGAGCAGCUCCUCUGGCAGAAGAUGAUUGACAGUCCGGGAGCUGCAGUGGAAGGGGUGUUGAUGCUGAGAUCCAGCAUGGGAAAACACAGACCUUGAAAGACUUUAACUACUGGGGGUGCCACAGGUACUCCUGGCUCCGGUGGUGUCCAGGCUCUUGUCACUUUGCCCAUUUGGACGUGAGAAGGGUUUGUACCCUUUGCCUUGGACAUUAAGGUUCUGAAUGAGAUUUUAAUGCAUUCUGCACUUUCAUGCACAUGUUCUUUUCCCAGGCUUCUUGUGUGAAUUUUUUCCCCUGAAGCCAGUGAGAAUUGGACCUUGCACAGAGAUCAGACUGGCUUUCUCUGUCCCUUCUGGUGGCUGGUGUGCAGCUGAUGACCAUUCUGCCUGAGGGCUGCUCAGAGUGAGCAAAUUCUCUCACCGGCCAUUUAGUGAGUAAUGCCAGGUUUAUGAAUCCUUCUGGCUCGGAGAUGGCCCAGAAGGCAGCAGUGGCACAGUUCAAGCAGAUUCAGAGCGAGUCUGUGCUUUGGUGUUUGUAAGUUGAGAAGCCAUAACGUUACGAAGGACAACAAACAGUGUUUCUUCAUCGUGUUUGCUUGUUGGGUUGUGCAGUGGCGCAGCACAACAGGCUUGGGACCACAACCCAUCCAAGCAGGGCCAAUGCAGUGUGUUGCACACUGGAAACAGGCAGCAGUGAGCUGGUGGGCAGUGCUGGUGCCCUGGCAUCCUCUGGGUAUUUUAAUGCACACGUAUAAAAGGCAGACUUGGUUCAACGUAAUCAAAGAGCCUCUAAUGAAAAUAAAUCGUAACAAAUGCUCAAAGAGUUUUCCAGAACUACAUGAUGCUGCUGUGUUUUUUAUUCAGUUGACAGCUCUAGCCAAGACCUUCUGAUGUCAUUGAACAGAGGGAAUAUGUCCACAUGCCAGUCCCCAUCUGAUGUGUUGCUGAGAUGAGACACAUGCCAGGCUUGGACAGAGUUAGCUAAAACUUGAUUCAACAGAUUGUAUGGAACAGAAUGGGAUCAAAGCACAUGCCAAAAUGAUUUGCAUAACUGUAAAAUCUUCUCUGAAGGGGCUGGGGUCUCAUUCAGGCCCAUGCACAUUAUUUAUAAUCUAAGUAGGACAUUUUUUCUCCUGAACAUCCCCCAGUGGAUUUAAUGAUGAGUGGGUCUUGGCCAAUACAAUCAUUAAUCUUAUUAACCGUGACAAUUGUUCAACAGUAAUUUUGUGAUUCCUCAAGGUUUAAGACAAAGAAAUAUAAGGAAGCUGAGUGAACAGCAUUUCUUCUGAAUUUUCCACUAUUAGAGCACAGCUUUCUAUUUGCACUGGUAAAUUAAUCUAUAGAUAUUCCUACAUUUUGAUUUUUCCCCCAAAGUUUAUUGCAAGAAAUUUAGAUUAAACAACAGAAUAUGAACUGAGCAACUACAGCUGGAGAUUUUGACAUUUGUAGGUGUCCUAGUGUUACAAUCAAGUACAUGUAUUUAGAGCUGAAUUCAAAACCUUAAAAUGUAAUGUUAAUUCUUUUCUUUUUAAGAUAUUUUAUGCUUUUGUUGUUGUUGUUUUUGGAGUGGCUGGAAA